GUCGCGGUGUCCGCAUACUGCUUUGGGGCGGCUCUAAUGGAACGAACUUUUUCAACGCAUAUCGAUCGCCAUUUCUAGAUUCAAGGAGAAAAAACAGCGCCGCUUCAUCUUCCACAAAACUAGGAUUUUGUUUGAGAUUAUCUAAGAAAAAGAGAACUUGAAAUUUGGAAAAGAUGACGUGGAUUAGGGCUGGAUCAAGUGUGGCAAAGCUUGCGAUCAGAAGAGCCUUAUCGCAAAGUGGAUCAUAUGCAGCAAGGAAGCGUUUACUUCCUUCAGAAAGUCGAUAUUUUCAUACAACAGUUUUCAGAUCAAAAGCACAGUCUGCACCUGUCCCUCGACCUGUUCCACUUUCUAGGUUAACAGAUAGUUUCUUAGAUGGAACUAGUAGCGUUUACCUGGAAGAGCUUCAGCGAGCAUGGGAGGAUGAUCCAAACAGUGUUGAUGAGUCAUGGGAUAAUUUCUUCAGGAACUUCGUUGGCCAGGCUGCUACAUCCCCUGGAAUAUCUGGCCAAACCAUUCAAGAGAGCAUGCGGUUGUUGUUGCUUGUUAGAGCUUACCAAGUUUAUGGCCACAUGAAAGCCAAAAUAGAUCCAUUGGGUCUGGAAAAGAGGGAGAUUCCUGAUGAUUUAGAUCCUGCUUUUUACGGUUUCAGCGAAGCUGAUUUAGACCGUGAAUUUUUCCUUGGUGUAUGGAGGAUGUCUGGGUUUUUGUCUGAAAAUCGGCCAGUGCAAACUCUUAGAUCAAUAUUGACCAGGCUUGAACAAGCUUAUAGUGGAAGCAUUGGUUAUGAGUACAUGCACAUUGCUGAUCGUGAACGAUGUAAUUGGUUGAGAGAUAGAAUUGAGACUCCAACUCCAACGCAGUAUAAUAGUGAGCGGCGGGAGGUUAUCCUUGACAGGCUCAUUUGGAGUACUCAGUUUGAGAAUUUCUUGGCUACUAAGUGGACGGCUGCUAAAAGGUUUGGACUUGAAGGUGGGGAGACAUUAAUCCCAGGCAUGAAGGAGAUGUUUGAUCGUUCAGCAGAUCUUGGUGUUGAGAGCAUUGUGAUUGGAAUGUCACACAGAGGAAGAUUGAAUGUCUUAGGUAAUGUUGUCCGGAAGCCACUGCGUCAAAUUUUCAGUGAAUUCAGCGGUGGUACGAAGCCUGUGGAUGAGGUUGGGCUUUACACUGGAACUGGUGAUGUCAAGUAUCACUUGGGUACCUCAUAUGAUCGCCCAACAAGGGGUGGAAAACGAAUUCAUUUGUCUUUGGUUGCAAACCCCAGUCACUUGGAAGCUGUAGAUCCUGUUGUGAUUGGGAAAACCAGAGCAAAACAGUAUUACUCAAAUGAUGUGGAUAGAACAAAGAACAUGGGCAUCCUGAUUCAUGGGGAUGGAAGCUUUGCAGGGCAAGGUGUAGUCUAUGAGACUUUGCAUCUGAGUGGUCUUCCAAAUUACACAACUGGUGGGACCAUCCAUAUUGUAGUGAACAAUCAAGUUGCCUUUACCACCGAUCCGCAGGCAGGAAGAUCUUCACAGUAUUGUACGGAUGUUGCUAAAGCCUUGAAUGCUCCCAUUUUUCAUGUCAAUGGUGAUGAUGUAGAAGCAGUUGUUCAUGCUUGUGAGCUUGCAGCAGAGUGGCGCCAGACAUUCCACUCAGAUGUUGUCGUUGACAUUGUCUGUUAUCGCAGAUUUGGGCAUAAUGAAAUUGAUGAACCCUCUUUUACCCAACCCAAAAUGUACAAGAUCAUCAGGAAUCAUCCCUCAUCACUCGAAAUUUAUCAGAAGAAGCUUCUAGAAACUGGCCAAGCAACAAAAGAAGAUAUUGAUAGAAUACAAACUAAGGUUACCUCGAUCCUUAAUGAAGAAUUCCUUGCCAGCAAGGAUUAUGUCCCUAUAAAAAGGGACUGGCUUUCAGCAUACUGGACUGGAUUUAAGUCUCCGGAACAGCUUUCACGUAUUCGUAACACCGGGGUUAAACCAGAGAUCUUGAAAAACGUUGGGAAGGCGAUCACAACCCUCCCAGAAACUUUUAAGCCUCACAGAGCAGUUAAGAAAAUAUUUGCUGAUCGUUAUAAAAUGAUUGAGACUGGGGAGGGUGUUGACUGGGCAGUUGCAGAAGCCCUUGCUUUUGCAACAUUGCUAGUCGAAGGAAAUCAUGUGAGAUUGAGUGGUCAGGACGUUGAAAGAGGUACUUUCAGUCACAGGCACUCUGUCAUUCAUGAUCAGGAAACGGGAGAGCAAUACUGUCCGUUAGACCAUGUAAUGAUGAAUCAAAACGAGGAAAUGUUUACUGUUAGCAACAGUUCUCUUUCGGAGUUUGGUGUCCUGGGAUUUGAAUUGGGGUAUUCAAUGGAAAAUCCUAAUUCACUUGUUUUAUGGGAAGCUCAAUUUGGUGAUUUUUCAAACGGAGCUCAGGUGAUAUUUGAUCAAUUCUUGAGCAGUGGGGAGGCCAAGUGGUUGCGUCAGACUGGGUUAGUUGUGUUGCUACCUCAUGGUUAUGAUGGUCAGGGCCCCGAACACUCGAGUGCAAGACUGGAACGCUUCCUUCAGAUGAGUGAUGAUAAUCCGUUUGUUAUACCGGAGAUGGAACCUACACUACGCAAUCAAAUUCAAACAUGCAAUUGGCAGGUUGUCAAUGUUACAACUCCAGCAAAUUAUUUCCAUGUGUUGCGUCGACAGCUGCAUAGGGAGUUCCGUAAGCCACUUAUUGCAAUGGCUCCUAAGAAUUUGCUUCGUCACAAAGAGUGCAAGUCAAAUUUAUCCGAGUUCGAUGAUGUCCAAGGUCACCCAGGUUUCGACAAACAAGGGACCAGAUUCAAGCGACUCAUCAAGGACCAAAACGACCAUUCGAAUCUUGAAGAGGGCAUUAGACGUUUAGUUCUUUGCUCUGGAAAGGUUUAUUACGAACUUGAUGAAAAAAGGAGGUCAGUUGAUGGUAAAGAUAUUGCAAUUUGCCGUGUUGAACAACUGUGUCCAUUCCCAUAUGACCUCAUCCAGCGUGAACUGAAGCGCUAUCCAAAUGCCGAAGUUGUUUGGUGCCAGGAGGAGCCAAUGAAUAUGGGGGCUUACAGUUACAUUGCCCCACGCCUCGCCACUGCCAUGAAGGCACUGGAUAGAGGUACAUUAGACGAUAUCAAGUACGUCGGUCGUGCUCCAUCUGCUGCAACUGCAACCGGUUUCUACACCGUUCACGGGAGAGAGCAGUCAGAACUUGUGCAGAAUGCCCUGCAGCCUGAACCCCUCACCAAUCCUGCGUUUUGUUAGAUCCCAAGCGUGCGGUACAGAUCAGAAUCAUGGUGCCAUAGCUACCAUUCACUUAAACAGUGCUGUUUGAAAUAACUUUUCUCCUAUUCGCAGGGUUUCCAUCUUUAGCGUUGGUGCGCCAUUUUUUUGCUUUUCAAUUUUCCAGAAGUUAUUCGCGUAUGAACAACAUUACGCAUGAACGUGAAAAUAAUAACAAAUGUUCAGGUGAGAUUCAUAUACGUGAUGCCAUCAUGCCAUGGGUUCAUGGUGUAUCUUUUCUUUGCAGUUAAAUUACACUCAACUUGUGUUGGUAA